AUGACUUCAACCACUUCAUUGUACCCAAUCGACGAUACAAAUGUUGUGGAAGUUUCGGAUCAGUCUCAGCAUUCCGCUUUCGGUGAAGUUAGCUCGGAAGAGUGUACCGAGGCUUCCAUUUCAAGAAGAUGCAAUAAAGUGUAUAGAUAUACCUCACCAUCAUGGAGUCCUUUAUCUAAGCAAUCAAGUUCUAUUUUUAUUGAAAAUAACACACCUAAUAUUGCUACCACAUUGUAUGGAGUUUCUUUAAACUGUGUUUCCCAAUCCGCAUCAAACACUAAUAUGACCAAUAAGAUAAGUACUUUAUCUGGCAAUUCUAGCAACAUAUGUGAUAAUGUUAUGUCCACUGGUACACUUGUUGGCAUAAAUCUUCUUAAAGAAAAUGAAGUGACAAUCAAGGGGAAGGAGGCAGAUGAAGAGGAUAAGAGCGGCAAUGAUCACGAGGCACAUUCUAGCACUCUUCGAGAUCGUUCCACACUCUCGGAAGCACAUGUAACUGAAAAUUCCACAAAUUAUAACUCCACUAACAACAAUGAUGAUUAUGUUAUAUUACUUACUGGGUCUGAAUCAAAAUUCUCUACAAAUGAUGCUAGGAAUAAUGGGUCAAAGAAAGCUAAACAACAAGUCCCCGACAUCAACCAACUUACUGUCACAAACAAAAUUAAUGCACCUGAGACUACAGAAAUCUCAGAUUCUACGUCGGCUGAAUUCUUACUCGUGCCGAUUGGUCUUAACCAAAUGAACAAACUACCAAUAGAUCAGCUAGCUCUGAUGGGUAACUAUGGCAAUAAUUCUGAUAAACUCGCAGGUUCGGUACUACACUCAAAUUGGCCUAUGAAGCAGCACUAUUGUCCUCGCCACGGUCAUUUAACUUUGCCACAAACCCAACCAAUAAGUUCAAUCCUAAGCUCAACUGACGGGCAAGCAAGAAAUUUGCCCGCUGAACUAAAGAUAAAAGAACCUCAUAAGUCAUUCACGUGUUUGCAUUUAGUCAACUCAAUUAAUUCUGGGGAGAACGAAGCUCUAGCUCCAUGCAGUGGUUACUUUUUAUUGACGGUAGCUGCCUCUGAAUUUGAAAAAUGUAAUGCUAAGCAGUACGAUCGUCCAGGGUCCAACAUGGUAUAUUCUACUGAGAAAAUAAUUUCUUCUUCUCCUGAAGCUGCAACUAGACUCAUUUGUCAGGUGAAUAAGAGUGGCGAGCAGCCAUGUGAAUGCGCUUAUAUUGAGGAGCAAGUAGAGGAUACCCAGUUAGAUGCCGUUUUGAAUGAAGCAUCAAAAGAAUCAGGAAAGCCUGAAAUCGACAAAACGUUACAAUCA